CUCCCUCCCGGCGUCCCGGAACCAGCCCCGCCGCCGCCGCCGCCUCCUGCCCCGGCCCGCCGGCAGCAUGUCAGCUCCCGGCGCCGCCUCCCGCAGGUGACACCCGCCCUUCCGCUGCCGCCGCUUCCCCUCCUAUAUGGGCCACCUGCUCUCGAAGGAGGCAAGGAGCCUAAGCCGGGAUCGCCGCCGCCCGCGGGGGAAGGUGCCGCCGCCGCGCAGCCGGAGCUGCUUCCUGCGCGGGCCCUGCAUGCUCUGCUUCAUCGUGCACGGCGCCAGCCCGCCCGCCCCGGAGCAGCCGCUGCCCGCUGGGGACCCGCUGCUGCCGCCGCCGCCGCCCUACGUGUCGCUGACCGCCGCGGAGCAGCGCGUCGCCCGCCGCCUCCUGCGCCUGGCGCCUGCCGCCUGGGAACCUCCGGGCCGCUGCCAGCGCCUCUUCCUCUCCGGCCUGCUGCCCUCGCCGGUGCGGGGCCUCCUGGGGCCGCCCGGCGAGGUCUCUUCCGAGAUGGUGUGCAAGCGCAAGGGGGCCGGGCUGCCCGCCUGCCCGCCCUGCAAGCAGCCGCGCUGCGCCGCCGCCGAGCCCGAGCCCGGCUCCUGCCAGUGCCCGGCGGAGCCGCAGCUGCUCGCCCUGCCCAGCGCCGCGGGGGAGAGCAGCGGGGGCACCGCCGGGCAGAGCGGCGGGGGACAGCCCGCCUCGCCGCCGCCUCCUGCGCCCCAGGACGAGAAGGAGCAGGGCCGGGAGGAGGAGAAGGAGCGGGGCGGCGAGGCGGGCUGCGAGGAGCCGCUGGAGUACCCUGGCGACAACUGCCGGGAGUUGCCGCCGCCGCCCACCCCGGACAUCAACCAGCUGCCGCCUUCCAUCCUUCUCAAGAUAUUUUCCAACUUAUCUCUGAAUGAGCGUUGUCUUUCAGUGUCAUUAGUCUGUAAAUAUUGGCGUGAUCUCUGUUUAGAUUUUCAGUUUUGGAAGCAACUGGAUCUCAGUAGUCGUCAGCAGGUCACUGAUGAGCUGUUGGAAAAAAUAGCAUCAAGAAGCCAGAAUAUUACUGAAAUCAAUAUUUCUGAUUGUCGCAAUGUAUCUGAUACAGGAGUAUGCAUAUUAGCCAUUAAAUGUCCUGGGCUCUUAAGAUAUACUGCCUACAGGUGUAAACAGCUUUCCGACACCUCUAUUAUUGCAGUUGCCUCUCAGUGUCCUCUUCUUCAGAAAGUGCAUGUGGGCAAUCAAGACAGACUCACUGAUGAAGGCCUGAAGCAGCUUGGCUCAAAAUGCAGGGAAUUGAAAGACAUACAUUUUGGACAAUGUUACAAGAUCUCAGAUGAAGGAAUGAUCAUUAUAGCUAAAGGCUGUUUAAAGCUGCAAAGAAUAUAUAUGCAAGAAAACAAAUUAGUGACAGAUCAGUCGGUGAAAGCUUUUGCUGAACAUUGCCCUGAGCUGCAGUAUGUUGGUUUCAUGGGCUGCUCUGUUACUUCAAAAGGGGUCAUUCACCUUACCAAUCUAAGAAAUCUUUCAAGCUUGGACCUACGUCAUAUCACAGAACUGGACAAUGAAACCGUGAUGGAAAUAGUAAAGAGAUGCAAAAACCUUAAUUCUCUCAAUCUGUGUCUGAACUGGAUCAUUAAUGACAGAUGUGUGGAGGUGAUUGCCAGAGAGGGACGGAACCUGAAAGAACUGUAUUUAGUAUCCUGUAAGAUCACAGACUAUGUGCCCAUGUUAACCCCUGUAUUGCAACCAGUGUGCUGGGUGCCUCUCCAGUGAACUACCACACAGCGGAAGUAAUAUACCUAAACACUUGCCUUUGGAGCUCAAGAUUGAUUUAAAGUGCAAAUAAAUGAUUACAUGUAAAUUGUGAAAUUAUGAUCAUAAUAUGAACAUUAGGGUCAUUUUUGUUGUUGUUUUUUUUUUAAUUUUGAUUUUGCCCCUCCGAAGACUACCAACAAAAUGUAUUGUCAUUUUUUAUUUUCAUUUCAAACAGUAUCUGUUAUGUCACACUACAAGGAAGAAUACCAAUUCUAACAGAACAUUUGAUUUGCGAUCAGUGGUAGAUUUACUUUAGAAAAACAAUAGUGAAACUUUAUUUAGCAUACAUUUAUUUCUGGCUUGGAUAAAAUAAUUUAAUUUAAAUAUUUAAAACAUGUCAUAUUUUCUGAUAAACAACAGUUACAACUCACAUUAACACACUGUUGCUAUAAUCCAGUUUUAUAUUUAGUUCAUUGUACUUCGGCAUUUCUUUAAAAUUUGCCCCUAAACCACAAUAUUUGUUGAGUAGCUAUUAACAAUAUUCUUUUAAAAAUCCAUGCAUUUGCUACAUUUAAAAUUGUUAAUAUAAACAUAAUAUUAGUCUCAGAGGAGAUUAUUCAAUAUUCCUUCUCAUAAUUCUGAAUUUUAAAGCGGUAUUUGUAUUUUCCUCUGAGAGAAACAGAACUCAAAAAGAAGAAGAAAAAAAUAAUUUACCAAGUCUUUUUCCAUUCAAUGGGUUAUGAUACAAAAGUCUUGUUGAUGUAUGUAAUCGUACAAGUAGCAAGUUGCACCAUAUUUUAAAAGGACUGAUAGUUUGCAGUGGCAAUUUAUUUCUCCUAAAUUCUAGGAGCCAGUUUUAUGAUUCCCCCUUUUUUUGCUGCACUAUAAAAUAUAUUUUAAAAAUUACUUUUUAAAGUUAGUGUGUUUCUAACAGUGUUGCCUAAAUAAAAGUGACAGUUUUCUUCAGCUGGCAUCCAAAAGGGAGAAGCUCAUUCACAGUUCUUAAACAUAAAAACUGUUUUUUAAAGUUAACAAGUAAUAAAGUUCUUUCAUCAUAAUUGCUCAAAAUAAGUUAAAUCUUUAAAAACAUUCAUUUAUUGGUGGAAGAAUUUCCUUUCCAUAUUCUGUUUUGUACAUUCUCUUGGUGUGUUGUUGGAUUCCAGUUUCACUUAAAUUACUCAAGAAAAAUCUGAUUUUCACUGUAAUCUAUCUGCCUGCCUUGAAAAAUUCAAAUGAAGUGUUUUGUAGACAUACCGCUAGUGUAGUUAGUUUGAAUGCCUUUUGAAGUUUAAAAAAAAUUCUUGUAAUGAUUUCUGUAGUCUUCUGUAAUAGGAUUUUGCUAAGGGAAUGAAUACCUAGAAAAAAGGUUUUUCUUCAAAUGGAUGAAAAAAUAGUGAUUAAGGUAUUGAUGUAGUUGACCAGAAUAAAAAGGAAACUAAAUUGCUAAUGCCACAGCAAUAUGAUAAAUACUGGUGUAGAGCUUUAUUUUUUAAUUUAAAAAAUUGAAAUGUUUAAUUUAAACAGUUCAGUGCCUGAAUGUUUUUAAAAAUUUCAAGGAGAAUAUGUAUACAAAUUCUAACUUUACUACAUAUCUGCCUUUUGACAUAUUUCUGAGGUCUCAUGAUGAAUAUGCAUUAAUAGGUCUGUUAUGUGUAAGCAUUGGAUCUGCCAAAUACUGAAAUAUCAAGUAGUAGAGACUGAAUUAUUCUUAAUUCGUAUUGCUUUGAAACAUGAAUUACAACUCAACAGCAAAAUACAUAAUAAAAAAAAUUAAUAACAUGGGUUUUUAUCAACUUGUCUAAGAGCUGAGGAUGCAUCCAAAAAACUUUUUAAUUUAUUUAGUGAAAAGUAAUGAGUGGUACUUCCCCUCUGCAAUUCUAUAAUUGGGAUUCUGGGUUAGCUUUAUUAUGACAAAAGCAUUUGAUUUUUACAUCUGUAAUGAAUUAUACAAAGAAGUUCAUGCAGUCUUUGUAGGCUGUAAACUCUUCACAGCAUAGAACAGAGUGUAGAAACUGUUCUGUUACCAGUGGAGGGAAUGUGAUUCACUUCAUAAAUAAUCAAGUAAUCAUUGUCCUUUCAAAAAUUAAUAAAUUGACAUAAAAAUUAUGUUUUGGUCAACUUCAAAUAUUUGAAGAGUUUUCUAUAAAAAAAAUUAGUCUCAAAGUAGCUUUUAAAUUAUAUAUUUUAGUUUCUCAUAAGUCAAGUGCGAUCAUUUUAGCUUUUGAAAUGUCAAGUAUCUUUCCAGAACACUCAGACAGCAAGAUUGCUUUAUUUGCAGUUCUCUUUGGCUUGGUGCCCUCAUCCCUUAAUUUUAGCUAUGCAUACUGGACAAUAUUUCUUCUAAUUACAAGAUGCCUAAUACAGAAGAGUAAGAAAGUAUGUCCAAAAAUGUAAUAUGGAAUAUUGUUAGCACAAAAAGGAAUUAAUAAAUAUGGUUAAAGAGAAUUCUUCAAUAGUGUAAGAAAACAACUGUAAUAGAUCUGAAAUUCUAAAAAAUGUGUAUUUGGAAUAUUCUGUUCAUUUUUACAUACUUUGUAAUAGGUAAGUGAAAUAUAUUCCAUGAUGUCAACCAGUUUAGAUGCUUUUAAAAAGAAUGCAAAUAUGGGAAUGCUUAAAUAUUAUUAUCUAGGGAUAAUAAUCCAGAGUACAAAUUUAGCAAACUUUUCAGUAAUCUG